UCUCCUAAUCGGAUGAAGUUCACUCUAGGCCUGGGGUCGCGGGCGUGGAGAGUGUCCUGGGAGCGCCCGGCGGCGGCGGCCGGCCCGGGGGAGGGCGGCUGCGCGCUCGGCGGCGGCGCACGGCGCGUUUCCAGCCCGCGGCCCGACCGCCGCGGCUCUCGACUCGCGCGAGCCCUCCCUCUAUGCCUCUCCCGCGGCGGCGGCGCCCGAGCUCUCCCGGACUGCGCCGGGCCCAGCCCCGGUCGCCUCGGCGCCAGGCAGCUGGCUGGCCCGCGCGCUAUGGAGCAGACGUAUGGCGAGGUGAACCAGCUGGGCGGCGUGUUUGUCAACGGCCGCCCCCUGCCCAACGCCAUCCGCUUGCGCAUCGUGGAGCUGGCGCAGCUGGGCAUCCGACCCUGUGACAUCAGCCGGCAGCUUCGCGUAUCCCAUGGCUGCGUGAGCAAGAUCCUGGCGCGCUACAACGAGACAGGCUCCAUUCUACCUGGGGCCAUCGGGGGCAGCAAACCCCGCGUCACUACCCCCAACGUGGUCAAGCACAUCCGGGACUACAAGCAGGGCGACCCUGGCAUUUUUGCCUGGGAGAUCCGCGACCGGCUGCUGGCCGACGGCGUCUGCGACAAGUACAACGUGCCCUCUGUGAGUUCCAUCAGCCGAAUCCUGCGCAAUAAGAUUGGCAGCCUGGCACAGCCCGGGCCCUACGAGGCGAGCAAGCAGCCGCCGCCGCAGCCGGCGCUGCCCUACAACCAUAUCUACCAGUAUCCCUACCCCAGCCCUGUGUCGCCUACGGGCGCCAAGGUGGCCAGCCACCACGGGGUCCCGGGCACAGCAGGCCACGUCAGCAUACCCCGUUCAUGGCCCUCGGCACACUCGGUCAGCAACAUCCUGGGCAUUCGGACGUUUAUGGAGCAAACAGGGGCCCUGGCUGGGAGCGAAGGUGCCACCUACUCCCCCAAGAUGGAAGACUGGGCCAGCGUGAACCGCCCGGCCUUCCCGGCCACUCCAGCAGUGAAUGGCCUUGAGAAGCCUGCCUUGGAGGCAGACAUUAAAUACACUCAGUCCGCCUCCGGCCUCUCUGCGGUAGGCGGCUUCCUGCCGGCGUGCGCCUACCCGGCGUCCAACCAGCACGGCGUGUACAGCGCAUCCGCCGGCGGCUACCUCGCCCCGGGCCCGCCGUGGCCGCCAGCGCAGGCGCCUCCUCUGGCUCCCCCCGGGGCCGGCGUCACCGUGCACAGCGGGGAACUGGCCGCAGCGAUGACCUUCAAGCAUCCCAGCCGGGAAGCGGCCGAUCGGAAGCCGUCCAGCCCCAGCGGCAAGGCCCCGGAUGGCCUGAGUAGUUUACACGGACUGCCCAUCCCGGCCUCGACGUCCUAGGGGCAGCGCUUCCCGGACCCCAAGCCCGAGCCCGAAGCAAGAGGCGGACCGGCGGGCGGAGGGGGACGCACAGCUCGGCGUUGCAGUCUCGGUGGCGCGCGCGGGAGCCAGGACAAACCGAGGAGGUGCCUGGAGCCAGCCCGCGGACGGGGCCCUCCCCGUCGGUCCCCAGGCCUCGCCUGGCUCACCGGCCCGGCGGCCACACUUCCUUCACCGGCCAGAGUUUUUAGGCUUUUCUGAAUUUUGGCUUUAGACUGUUGCAACCUCGUCCCGAUCCUUGCUCCGACGUGGCCUCCCUCGCCCGGCCAGCCUCAAGUGUCUUUUCCUACCUCUCCCAGGGUUGUUCAGCAUCCUCCCUCUCUCUUCCCUUCCUCUCUCUGCUUUGCGUCCUUUCUGUCUUUGCUUCCUCCCUCCUUCCUAUCCUACAUUACUUUCCUUCUUCCCGUUCCCCUGCCUCCCUUUUGUCCUCUUAAUUUCUCUCCCUGCAGUCUUCCCGCUUCCCUUUCUCCUUCCCAUGUUGCAGCACCGUGCUUCCUUUCCUGGGGUCCUGCCCCCUUCUCUCUCUAACGUCUUUUACAGUAAAUGACUCCGUUUCUCUUCAUUCCUACUGUUCCCCUGACCUGUCUGACUUCCCAGGAGAGCCCCAGACUGGGCUUCACGACAGUCCUCGCUCUGCUGCUGGGACUCUUUAGUUUCCACCUCUUGGAGCCCCCCAGCCCUAACGGAGAGGUCUGGAACCUAGGAAAUGGACAGAGAGGCCAUGGCCUUUAAUAUUUUUUAUAUUAAUGAAUCCAAGUAAAACAGGGAUGAACUACCCUGUUCUCUCUCUCUCCCCCAGGAUAUGAUCUGAUAAUCUGUGUUCUCAGUGCCUAGUGGCUGAGCUUCUCUUUGCUUUCUCUGAGAUGAUGUCACUCCAAAGAAGACUGGGGUAAGAGUAGGGAGCAUUGGGGUCAUAGGUAUUUUCUCUGCUUAGAGAACUGCCCGCCCUGGAGGUGCUCCUUCCCACCCCUCCAUACCUAAUAGGAGGGAAUCUGACACAAGGUAAAUGCAUCAGCACUGUUUUUGGUUUUCAGGGGUCAGCACAUUUGUUAAUUUAAACCACAAACUGCUUCCCGGUACAAAGGUGCAAUCUGGUUUCUGGUUUGCAAGGGGAUGAGGGUCAGAAAGUGUCUUCUAGAGCUGGACACGAGAGCUGUUCACUGCUUCCGAGUUCAGGCGUACUGGUGGCGGGACCCUGGACGUAAACUGCAAUGUUUGUAGUCAUAAAAAUGUCACUGGUGAGAGUGUGACAUCACCUGUUUAAUGUGGCUGCCUUUGAAUAAAGGAAAGCAUGUGGAGAA